UGGUAAUAUUUACUAUUUCAUACUAAUAAGUUAGUUGUGCUCCUGGGUUGUCAUUCCUUGCCGAGGAGCGAUGUGAGGAGUCAACACCACAGAUGACGAAAAUGGCAGAAAAUAUGGACAAACUUGCGAGAAAAGCCUCAGAAGGCGGGACCCAUAAACACUACGGCUUCGGCGUCAGACACGUGCAGAUGAUCUGCAUGUCAUUCUGCAUGGUGGCACUACUGCUGGCUCGCAGCAGCAUGGGCGUCGCCAUCCUCGCCAUGACAGAUCAUAAACACCAUAACGGUUCUACGGCCGAGGUGUACGAUUGGGACAAAAAGAUCCAAGGUCUGAUCCUGUCAUCAUUCUUCUGGGGCUACAUGUGUAUGCAGAUUCCUGCUGGUGUACUGGCCAAGAGAUUCGGAGGAAAACCCAUCUUAUUGGUCGCUUUGUUGGCCAACGGGUGUCUGACGGGACUCUUUCCAACUUUGGCUAGUGUGGGCGGCUGGCCUCUAGUGUGCGUGACUCGCGUGAUGAUGGGUCUGACCCAGGCCUGCCUGUUCCCAGCCAGCCACACACUCCUCGGCAGGUGGCUACCAACCAGUGAGCGAACCACCUACACUGGUAUAGUUUAUUCAGGUUCCCAAGUAGGCACAAUAAUAGCGAUGCCUCUAUCAGGACUGCUAGCUGAGACAGCGCUCGGCUGGAAGAUGAUCUUCUACGUGACAUCUGCCAUCAUGUUCCUGACUGCCGCCAUGUGGUACUGGUUCUCAGCCAGCACUCCUGGACAGCACUCCAUGAUGACUGAGGAGGAGAAGAUGUAUAUCGAAAUGGGACUUGAUACUAGUAGUGAGAAUAAACGUCGCCAACCCACACCCUGGAAGGAAAUAUUCAAGUCUGGAGCAUUAUGGGCCAUUGUCGCUUCACACGUUGGCGGCAGUGCUGUGUUCAUAUUGUUCUUUGUCGAUCUUCCCACUUACCUGGAAAGAGGCAUGAAUAUUUCUUUGAGAAAUAGUGCCACAUUAUCAGCAUUACCUUUCGUGGGCAUGUGGUUUGGCUCCAUAGGAUCUGGUAUACUCUGCCAGAAGAUAUACAACAGAGGCAUAUUAGCCCUUGGUACCUGCAGAAAAAUCUUCAAUUCAUUAGCUAUGUUCGGAGGUGGACUCGGAAUUAUAGCACUCGCGUUUCUGGGACCCGAACACAAGAACAUAGUUGUAGCUUUAUUAGUUCUUGUGUUCUUCUUGGUUGGAUGUAUUUCUGCUGGAUUUAUGGUAAACCAUUUAGAUUUAUCACCACAAUUUGCUGGGGUGUUAUUGUCGCUAACUAACUUCGCUGGAGGCAUUGGAAGCAUUAUAACUCCAGUUAUCACCAGUUUUAUUCUCAGAAAUGAUCCGACGGAUAUCUCUCGCUGGCGGAUAGUUUUUCUUCUGUUUGCGUCAAUAGGCAUCGGAUGUAACCUCAUCUACGUUAUAUUCGGGAGCGCAGACCGACAACCCUGGGAUAGUCCCGACUACAAAGACAAGAGGAAAGCUGAUCCAGAGGAAAUGACUCCAGUAUUAGACAAGAAAGAAGAAAAAGAAUUAGAAGCGAGCAAACAUUAAAUUAAAAAUCUUCAAGAAGUGUUGGUUUAAAAUGUUUUCCCAAGAUGACUGAAAAUCAAAAUGGAUGAAGGAACGAAGCUUAGAAGAAACCCACCCGAUUACUCUUUAUAAAGCUGAGGUAGCAGACGGAAUAAUAAGAUAAAAGCUUGAAGAAGAUUUUAUUUAUGAUCGUACAUAAUUUUCUGAGCAUUAGCUCCUUUGUAAGAUAUUGUGACUUUGAUUUAUUUUAAGUUUAGUGUAUAGGAUUUGUACAAACUAGUCUUUAUGUAUAUGUAGGUAUCGAUGUAGAUUUUAAGCCUCUCUUGUUUUAUAAAUAUUUGAGAA